AUGUCGUGUGUGGAGGAUAUGACUGUUUGGUGGCGGGCUCUCAUCUUCCUUUGCUGUGUAAUCCACUGUGUGGAGUCCUCUUCUCCUUCUCCAGUCCAGAAGAAGACAUAUAACCACUCCUUUCGUCUCACGAGGAUCACCCGAACCCGUGUCCAGCAUCUGCAGAGGAAAUAUAAGGAGCAGCAGUUGGGAAACAAGCAUUUUGAGGACAGAAGCCGGCAGUUGAAGGACCUGCCAUUGCUUUCUACAGAUUUCUACAGCUGGUUAAAGCUGACGGACUGGGAACGGCUGCAUGCUGCUUUCUGGGACAUGCAAGCCUUUUGGAAUAUGCUGGAAUGGAAGAGAAAACAGCUGGAGAAGGAGGAGAAAGAGCAUAUGGUGGUGCGGGCGUUUGGCCCCACUUUACCUCAGAGCAUUAGGUACAUUCAGCUGGACCUGAGGGACCUGAUGAGCCAAGUCAGCAGUCAGAUGAGUUACAUGAAGAGCUCUUGGACGAAGCCAACCUCUCCUACAGCCUUGAGCCCACAAACCAGAUCAAAAACAGUAUGGGACAGCCGAAUGGAGGGAUACAUCAUUCUGAGGGAUCUAGACCUUUACCUCACUAAGCUGGCAAGAGACUUCCUCCUACUGGCUUCAAAAACACACUUAUGACACGCUCAC